AUGCCUCCCAUGUUGAAUGAUAAUGUUGACUGUGUUGGGGUUGGGGUUGGAUCUACAGGAACUUCUGGCUCUCAAAAUCCAAGUUUAGCUGUCCCACACAAACCUAAGAAAUCUGAGCAAACAUCAAAGGUUUGGAAACAUUUUACUAGGUUAGAGGAGAGUGAUCCCAAGGAUCCUAAACCACAAUGUGAAGGGUUUCAAAACUUCAUGAAGACAGUGGAACCUAGGUAUUCAAUUCCUUCCCGUUAUACUAUGAUGAGAGAUUGUGUUAGGCUUUAUAUGUUGGAGAAGGAAAAAUUGAGGGCAAUGUGCUUGACAUCCGAUAUUCAGGGUAUUAGUAGCAUUUUCACUAUCACAGUUGACAAUGCUUCUUCUAAUGAUACCGCUUUGGAAUACUUGAGGAAGAGAACGGCUCAUAAGACUGGUGCCAUAUUGGAUAAUCAAUUUAUUCAUGUGAGGUGUUGUGCACAUAUUUUAAAUCUGAUUGUGUCUGAUGGUUUGAAAGAGGUUGAUGAGUCCAUUGUGAAGGUUAGAAGUGCAGUAAAGUAUGUGAAGUCUUCUCCCCAAAGAUUUGACAACUUCAAAUAUUGUAUGGAAAGGGAAAAAAUUGCUUUCAAGGGUUUAUUGUGUCUUGAUGUUCCAACUAGAUGGAACUCCACCUUUAAGAUGUUAGAAGGUGCUGAAAAAUGUCAGAGUGCUUUUGAUCUUUUGGAAGAGUAUGAUGGGAAUUAUGUGCUUUCGUUGACUGAGGAAAAGAAUGCUAAAAAAGGUUUGGGACCUCCUAAUUAUGAUGACUGGGAUCGUAUUAGGACUUUUCUCAAGUUUCUCAAACUUUUUUAUGAUGCCACAUUGCGACUUUCAGGGUCUUUGUAUGUGACUUCUAAUAUGUAUUGGCAAGAAAUUUGUGGCAUUCAAAUGCAUAUACAAUUGUAUCGUGAUAGUGGUGAUUAUGUGUUGAGUUCUAUGGCAGAGAGAAUAAUGAUGAAGUAUAAUAAGUAUUGGGGGGAUUUAGAUAAGGUGAAUGUGUUUAUGUUUGUUGCUGUCAUACUUGAUCCACGAACCAAAUUGGGGUCAUUGGAAUUUUGGUUCAAGGAUGUUCUUAAUGAGGAGCAGUGUACUAAUAUGGUGAAAAAAUUGAAGCACUACCUUCAAAAAUUAUAUGAUCACUUUGAUGCUGGAGAGACUUCAUCUCAAGUUGAACAUGGUAGUGAUUAUGCAUGCCCUCAAGGUUCCUCAAUGAUAGAAGAAACUGAUAACCUUUCACUUCACUUCAUGAACAAGUUUCAUAAUUACCUAACUUCAAAAAGUGAUGUUCAUAACAAAUCGGAGAUAGAUCGGUAUUUGAUGGAAGAUGUUGAAAAACCAAAUGUGAAUUUUGAUAUUUUAAAUUGGUGGAAGGUGAACUCAUCCAAAUUCCCAGUACUUGCCAAAAUAGCAUGGAUUGUGUUGGCCAUUCCCAUUACUACAGUUGCUUCAGAGUCGACGUUUAGCAUUGGAGGGCGUGUAUUGGAUUCUUUUCGAAGUUCAUUGGCCCCCAAAACAGUUGAAGCAUUGGUAUGUGCACAAAAUUGGCUAAGAUCAAAACCCUUGAGCAAUGGCAAUGGUUGUGACACAGAGAUGAUUGAAGAUCCUGAAAGUUAUAAGCUCGAUUCAGGAUUUAGUUUGAUAGAUGCUGAAAUGUAA